GAGAUGUAGUAAUCUCAAAUUUCUCCGACAUGGCAGACAGAUCGGGUCGCGUCAGGACACGAAGCGAUUAGACGAACGGUCACGUGUGCGAGCAAGAAAAUCUGAAUUCUCCAUAGCCGAACUCUCCACCGCAGCAGGCUCGAGGUGCUGGAAAAAGAGAUGCAUCUUCUUCAGUACGUCUCGCCUGGUUCUUCUGCCAGCAUCUCUCCUCGUUCCCUCGCGAACAAGUGCAAUGCGGUCGCCGGAGGAACGCCGGCGGGAGGAGGAGGUGGGGGCGAACCUCCUCGGGACCUCAAGCGGCCUGGUUUCCUCCGGGCCGCCGUCGCCCCGCCUCUCGUCGCCGCGCUCGUCGCCUUGUCCCCUCUCUGUCUCGCUCCGGCGUCACUUGGUCAAACUGCAGAUAUUCAAAGAGGAGCAGUAUUGUUUCGUCAGGCAUGCAUUGCAUGUCAUGAUGCUGGUGGAAACAUAAUACAACCAGGUGCGACAUUGUUCAUGAAAGAUUUACUAAGAAACGGAGUUGGCACGGAAGAGGAGAUCUACCGAGUUACCUACUUUGGCAAAGGAAGAAUGCCAGGCUUUGGUGAGAACUACCCCAAGGGGCAAUGCACGUUUGGACCCCGAUUGCAGGAGGAGGAGAUCAAGGAACUAGCGAAGUUUGUAAAGUUACAGGCUGACCAAGGUUGGCCUAAGAUAGAGAUCGCAGAAGAUUGAUUGUUACAUGAUGUAUUAUUUAUGUACAAUGACCGACCAUCAUGGAGGCCAACGUGUUGAGGCGAGCCUUUUCUUUCCCUUCUCGCUGUUGCAACUGCGAAGUGUAAAGAAAAUGUUCGAUCUGGCAUUCUUGCUUCUACAAUAUUGGAACGAGAAGUAAGUCCUACUUAACUGGUGAAAGAUAUAUCAUGUCAAGACUGCUGACCGACGCAACAGAAUAGAUGGUCACCAUCUCAUGGUCUCUUCAAUUUGAUGAAAGUCUUUCCAACUUAAA